AUUGUUUCUCUUCCUAGAAUUCUUCAUUCUUCUGAUGGAAAGUACAUUUGUGUUUAACAUAGCGAAAAGUAUUGAAACGGUAAAAUGAAGCUAAUGUUUCAUCUGUUCAAGCUGCAGCUGCUGCUAAAGCUGCUAAUACUACUGUUGCUCUUACAGCUGCUCAAGCUUCCGCUGCUGCUACAGUUCUUGCAUUUCAAGCUGCUGCUAAUGCUACUGUAGCUGCAGCUGCUCUUAGAGUUGCUACUACUGUAGGUGCUGCUACAGAUGCUGCUACUAUAGCUGCUAAUGCAGAUAUUGCAGCUAGAG